AUGUUUUUUAUAAUCAUUUUUCUUAAUAUAUUUCUUCGAGUAUUCAGUCAUGAAAUUUUAAAAUAUACUAUUGAAGAAAAAUUACCAAUAAAUACACUUAUAACUGAUUUAUCAAAAGAAUUAAAUAUAAAAUCUAAUGGAUUUUUUCAAAUUUAUGAAUUAUUACCAUUAAAUAAAAAUUUAUUAACAAUUCAUAAUGAAACAGGACAUCUAAUUAUUAAAUCAAUACUGGAUCGUGAACAAAUGUGUUUAAAACGACAAUGUUCAUGUAAUUCAUGUGAAAUUAUUCUUCAACUUUCAAUAAAACUUAAAGAUAAAAUAAUUUAUAAAAUAAUUGAAAUUAAAAUAAAAGAUCGGAAUGAUCAUUCACCUAAUUUCGACAAGCAAUCAAUGAUACAUGUUAUACAUAUCAAAGAAAAUGUACCUUUAGGCUAUCGAAUCAUUUUACCUAGUGCAAGCGAUCCGGAUGAAGGAUUCAAUAGUGUUCAAUCAUAUAGACUUGAUGGACCUGAUUCUGAUGAUUUUGAUGUUGAUUUUUCCUCAUAUGAUAUUCCAUAUUUAAUUGUACGUUCAUCACUUGAUCGUCAACGUUUAUCAUCUUAUUCAUUAGUAUUAACUGCAUCAGAUUAUGGUGAACAACCACGUUCAAAUUCAAUACAACUUGAUAUUCAUAUAUUACAUACAAAUGAUUCAAUACCAACAUUUGUUCAAUCUAUCUAUAGCAUUGAUAUACGUGAAGACACUAUUAUUGGAACAACAAUAUUAAAAGUUGAAGCAAUUAAUGAUAAUAAUGAAAAAAUUUUUUAUGAGCUUUUAACUGAAUCACCAUUUAUAAUUGAUCGUUUAACUGGACAAAUUCAAUUGAGUAAAAAAUUAGAUUAUGAAAGAGAAAAAUCUUAUCGAAUAAUUGUUAAAGCUUAUGAAAAUUCAAUACCUACGUAUGCUAGUAUAUUUAUUCGUGUUAUUGAUAUUAAUGAUAAUCCUGUUUUAAUGCAAAUUAAAGUCGAAGAACAUAUAACAUUAAAACAAAAAGAAAAUGAUAAAAAUGUUAUUUUUAUUCAAGAAAAUACAUUAGUCGGUACAACAAUCGCACAUGUUAUUCUCAAUGAUCUUGAUUCAUUUGCUAAUGGAAAUCCAUAUCUUCAAUUACGUACAACUGAACCUCCAUUACCAUUAAUUUAUAAAUUAAUCUAUCAAAAUAAUUUUCAGAACACAAAAUUAUAUUCUCUUAUUCUUAAUCAAAAUCUUGAUCGAGAAUUAAAAUCAAUUUAUAAUAAUAUACAAUUAAUUGCACACGAUUCAGGUACACCAACAUUACAUACACAAUUAUAUUUAAUAUUAAAUAUAACUGAUAUAAAUGAUUGUAUACCAAAAAUAAUAACAAAUUCAACAAUAUAUAAUAUCUAUGAAAAUAAUCCAAUUGGGUAUAUUAUUGAUAAAUUAAUUGCAUCUGACUGUGAUAUAGAACAAAAUGCUGAUAUUGAAUAUCAUUUAUUAAAUAAAACAGAUUUAUUAAUAAUUAAUUCUAAAACAGGUCAAUUAAGUUUAAAUCAAUCAAUUGAUUUUGAAAUAUUAAAUAAAUUUCAAGAAAAAAAUUUAACAACAAUUGAUUUAGAAUUUCAUAUUGAAGUUUAUGAUCAUGGACAACCAUCAUUAUCAAGUCAAACUAAAAUUAUUCUACGUAUACAUGAUAUUAAUGAUCAUUCACCAGAAUUUGAAAAAACUCAUUCAUAUAAUUGGACAUAUUCACAAUCUACACUUCAACCUGGUUCAAUUCUUGGUCGUAUAUAUGCAUAUGAUUAUGAUUCAGGUUUACAAGGUCUUAUAAAUUAUUCUAUACGUUCAUUUCAUCCAUGUUUAACUCUUGAUAUAACAUCACUUGGUUAUAUUUAUAUUCCAUAUGAAUCGUCAAUUUUAACAUGUUCAUUAUUAUCUUAUACAUUUGAAAUAACAGCAAGUGAUUAUGAUUCAAUUAAUUCACGUUCAACAACACAGUUAUUAACAAUUAAUAUUGAAUCAAAUUCAAUAAAUAAUAAAUUACCAAAGCUUUUACCUAUAUCUAUUCAACGAACAAUUCUUGAUAUAAAUACACAAGGUACAAUUGCAUUUAUUAUUGAUAUAACAAAUUUAUAUAAUCAUACAUAUCAACCAAAAAUUUAUUUAAAUAAUACAAAUUUACUUUCAUGUUGGAAUAUAAGUUCAACAGGUGAAAUCAGUCUUAUAUCUCAUCCAUAUGCCUCGUCAUAUAUAUUAUCAUUAUAUAUUAUUGAUGAAUAUACAAAAGAAUAUUCAUUAAUGAAACUUCAAAUUGAUAUAUGUAAUAGUUCAAUAUUAAAUUCAUGUCAAUUAUAUCUUUUCUCAGAUAAUCGUAUGAUACUUAUUUAUGCAAUAAGUUUAGCUUUAAUUAUAACAUGUAUAUGUAUAAUUAUAUUUUCAUUAAUUAUUUGUUUAUGUUGUCGAAAACCCAAGCAUAAAAAUGAUGCUUUAUCAUCAACACAUCAACAUACAUUUUUACAAUAUAAUGAUGAUUAUAAUAGUGAAAAAACUGAAAGUUCAAGUGAUCGAUAUAAAACUUCAUCAAAUUCAACGAUUCGAGAAGAUGAUCAUGACUCAGCAUGUAUUAUUAAUGGACAUUCAUCGUCAUCAAAUUCAUCAUCAAGUGGAAUACAGACAUGGUAUAAUCAAAAAGAAUCAAUAAAUCAAAUAUAUCCGACUUCAUCAACAUAUUAUUAUGAUCUUAAAUUAGCUGAAUUAUUACGUAAAAAUCAACAUCCACCAUGUAUACAUUUAAAUGAACUUCCAACGAUUCCACAAUCAUUAAGUACUGAUUAUGGAUUUAGUAGUUUAGAAUUGUCAGCGUCAUCUUCAACAUCAACAUUACCGAAUCAACAUAUUGAAAUCAGUGUUGAUCAAUCACCUGAAAAACAAUUGAAUAUAAAAAGUUUUAUUUCGUCUCGUGAAUGUGUUGUUUAA